AUGGCCAGGCGCCGGCGCCGGCGCGGCGAGUUUUUCUUAUCUGAACCAAUAAUCCGUCGCAUACAAUCUUUUCUCAAUGGAAGAGAAGCUGCCCAAACGACUGUCCUGUCUAAAUCUUGGCGCCAAGCUUGGCUCACUCGCCCCAACUUGGACUUCGAUUUCUCCCAACUUUCAAUUGUUGUUGAAGUUUCAGAGUUAAUGGACAAGACUAUUCGAAGGUACGAAGAAUCGAACCUAAAGAUUGAGAGUUUGAGUCUAAUAAUGGGUUCUUCGAAUUGUUUAUGUGAAGAUCUGAUUAUUAAAGCACUUAGAAUGGGUGUUACUCGUCUUAGCCUUCAAUUAUCGAAUGAAAACGGUUGCGAUCAAGUGCUGGCCGAGGUGCUUGGAUCUGAACACCUUGUUGAAUUAUCUCUGCAAGGUUGCAGAAUUGCCCCAAGUCCGGAGCAUAAGAUAGGAUGUUCGAGGCUCAAAUCACUCAGUUUGAGCGAGUUCAAGUUAGAAAGUGAUGAAGUGAUUUUUGGCUUACUUUCUGGAUGCCCUUUGCUCGAAAACCUGUCGCUCACAGGAUUCGUCCAUGGUACCGUAAGUCUUCCUAACUUGCCGAACUUGCCGAAGCUUAAGCGUCUGGAGCUGAGGUAUCUGAGAAUUAAUUCCUCGUUUUUGGGUGACUUGUCUUGUAAAUUUCCAUUGCUGAGAAGUUUCGCCUUUCGGUGUUUCUAUUUGGAAUCUGAUUUAGUCAUUUCCAGCCCCUCAAUCGAGCAUUUAGACAUCGAAACAGAGAGGAUUUUGGGGCCAGUAAGGUUGGAGUUUGAUGUUCCGAGUAUUCGCAAGUUUGAGUUUAAAAGCUGGGAGAAUCUGCCACCUUCUUCCCUGUCUUUUAAAUCAACAAGUUUAAGAGAAUGGGAGUCUCAUUUAUACAUAAAGUCGCAUUGUUGUGUUGGUACUGUGGGUGUCAUUGGGUUGAACAAAUUAUUAACCAGUUUAGGACAGUCCAAAAUUCAUCUCUGGAUAGAAGUAUACAAAUACAACAGCGAACGUAGCUUCAAUUAUGACGUGUGGGAGUUCAAUGGCUUGACAUUGCACCAAGUCGAGGAGUUGACGAUAGAUGGGAUGGACUGCAAAGUUCCGUCUUUGACUAAUUUUGCUCUUUUUGAUGGUUUGUUUCGGUUGUGCCGCCCAAAGUUGAUCACUCAGCAGAAUCAGGCUUCUUACCAGAGUGAUUUCCUUUUUAAGACAUUUCUCAGACACGGGACAAAUCACGUAUGCUCGGCUAGGAGCCUUUGUAUGUAUGGUUUACGGCAGCUUGAGGAAGUAAGAGGUCAGAUUUUUUAUGAAGAUGUUGACACUUGGCGGCUAAUUCCAUUGGAUGCCUGGGAUGCUUUUAAGGAGCACAAGAAAAUCCGGUUCCAAUUGAGGUGGAGAGAAGAAGAAAGCCAGCAGGUUAAUUAA